GCCAGACAACGCUGCCACUGGCUUCACUGAGCGCCAAUCGGAGCAUAGUUGGCCACCUGUCCUGGACCGUCGGCGUGUUUGUCAGAAUAGAGGGAGAUGUCGACUUCUACGAUGUAAACGAGGGGGUCCUAGUGGAAGACAACCUUGUAAUCACUGAUGCCAACAUUCUGGUGGUUCCCAACGGGCGGAGGAACGACUCCGGAGACGUCCGGCUAAAGGCCGCAGAUAUGCUGUACGUGGUGUGGGUUAGCCCCAAAGGAAAGAAGACGAAGGUUGAGGUGAGCUCCCUGCAAGUGCACGAGAGCGACCACGCACCAGCCCGCGACCGUGCUUGGGACCUGGCGCUGUUGGUGCUCAAGACCCCCAUCAAGAAUGGUGUCUUCCCCUGCCUCGACCUGGACGGCUCCUCGCCAAAUCAGCCGCCUCUUGUCACGUCAAAAAUUGGCGUGAUGGAGACAUGGCGCGGACUUUUCAUCUCGAACCACCACAUCCUGUUCGCACUGUCCACCCUCAGCCUGGAGGACUGCCGCGCGUGGCUGCAUGGGCACAAGAGAGUGCCCUCCUCCACGGACGACGUUUUCUGCACGAUAUAUGCCAGUGAGAUGGUGAUGCAAGGGACUGCCUUGCUGGUGCAGGAGGGCGGCUCUUGGUUCCUGCGCGGCAUCAUUUGCCACGGGGCUGCGGGCGUAUACGUCUUCACAGACUUAAAUGGAGACAGCGUCAGGAACUGGCUGCGCGAGAAGCUACACCUCACGUCAAACAAUGACCUACCGGAAGUCAAAACAAUCUCGCCACUGCCCGGCGCAAGGCACUUCUUCUUCGAGGGCCCUAGCGCUGGACCUGGGGCUCAUCUCGCUCUUCGUGGUCAUUGCUGCAGCGGGGGCUUACUUCUUGCUGAUCACGUUUCUGGCCGAACAGAAGCCAUCAUGUCGUGGCUUCCCGUUGCCAAUGCUUCGCAGCCUUCAAGCGCCUGGGGCCAACGCCUGCAGCGAGGCACGCGAACACGGUCGCCACGGACCAGGACAGUUACGUCGACCAAGGCAACAGCGACGACGAAGAGACCAGACCAGCUCUCGCCGUAA